GCGCUGUCAAACUGUCAAACCAACACCAAUUUUAUGGAUUUGCAAUUUUAUGAACAUUACUCGACUCGUACUGUUCAUUUCUUUCCUGCAUACUUUUUCCCACUUUCUUUGAUCGAAAAUCAAAUUGCAAGACGUAAGAGAUCUUUGUUUUCCAAUUUGUUUGUGCAUUUGUUGUGAGUCGCUGAGAACUUGAUGAAUGAAAUACCGUUCUUUGUAUACAUGGUACGAAUGAAAUUGAAACGUUGAAGCUUAAUACAAAGAUCGCAACCUAUACCACCAUUAAGACUGAAGUGAUGAUUUGAAAACGUGUGCGAUAUUUUGACGGCAAUAAACUGUAAACAUUUGAUAAUUGUUUUGAAAAGGCGCUGUAAUAAUCUAUACUUUUGCGGUGCAUAUAAAUACAAUUUAGUGCGAAAAAAGGCGUUAAACUAUGAAAUAGCCAAGGUGGUUUGUUGAUGUUUAGAUAGAAAUCAAUUGUAUUUGUGAUAUGGAUUAUGAGUAUAAACUCUUCUAUGGUAAAGAUAUGCAUAACCGAUGCUGUGGCGGGCGAGCUUGGUGUGUUCAGGAUAUAUGUGGCAUAAUAUGUGCGGUAAUGACUUGGCUGCUGAUUCUGUAUGCCGAGUUUGUGGUGAUGGUUGUCAUAAUAUUGCCCAGUCCAUAUCCUGUCUACAGCACCAUUAAUAUGAUUAUUUUCAAUAUGUUGGCAUUUUUAGCGUAUGCAUCGCAUAUUCGAACCAUGUUUUCAGAUCCAGGUGCGGUGCCAAAAGGUAAUGCCACUAAAGAAAUGAUUCAACAAUUAGGUUUUAAAGAAGGACAAGUGUUCUUCAAAUGUCCAAAGUGCUGCAGCAUCAAACCAGAGCGAGCUCAUCAUUGUUCGGUCUGCCAAAGAUGCAUCCGAAAAAUGGACCAUCACUGUCCCUGGGUGAAUAACUGCGUUGGUGAAAAUAACCAGAAGUAUUUCGUUCUUUUUACGUUUUAUAUCGCCAUGAUAUCGGGUCAUGCAAUGUUUCUAGCUGUUAAUCAAUUUGCGUUGUGUAUCAAGAAUGAAUGGAAGCAGUGCUCAUUCUUUUCGCCGCCAGCUACCGUCAUUCUAUUACUAUUUUUGACAUUCGAAGCAUUAUUAUUUGCUGUAUUUACACUAAUAAUGCUUGGAACACAAAUCAACGCCAUUUGGAAUGAUGAGACGGGUAUCGAGCAGUUAAAAAAAGAGGAAGCCAGCUGGGUGAAGAAAUCACGUUGGAAGAGCAUCCAAUCAGUUUUUGGGCGAUUUUCGAUAGCAUGGUUUUCACCAUUCACAAAACCAACAAUUAAAUCCAAAAUCGACCGCAAUUUUUAUUCCGUGUAAACAUUGAUAUGCCCAUUGAUAGUGAUAACGUGCGAACAAAGCCGAUGGAUCCAAGCAAAAAUUCGAUUGAAUUUCAUGUACAAAUUCAGAACAAUUUUUAUAUCGCAAUAUCAUUUGCUACUCAUUUAAAUGCCUUUAAAUUAGCUGCUUGGUAAACUCAUUCACUAGGUGGCGGCACCAAGCAAUUUUUUCGACAUAAUGUAUGAAUGUUAAGUAGUUCUCUCUUGAUGGAAGUUUUAUUAUGUAUUAUUUAGCCUAUUUCUAUGUUUUAAUGAGCCAUAGUUGGAAAAGCAUUGGAAUGAAAUUCCGAUUAAUGAAUAGAAUAGUUACAAUGACUUAAAAGCACUAGCAAUAAAUUCCAGAGACUGCAAAUUGCCUGCUAUAGAGUGCUGUCCUAUACAAUGAAUUCCCUCACUCAGGCAGACGUUUUGCAACGAUCUGCUAAAUUCCUAUUGAGUUCUGUGACUAUUAGUUAACCACUCAAACAUUCAAAUGGAUAAUUAUUUUGAACAAAUUGGAAAGAGUCAAAAUCGGAUAAGAAUUUUUUUCCUAUAUUUUUCAUCCCUUUAAAAUGUGUCCGCUUCCAGUUAUUUUUGUUUUGUUGAAUUCAUGAACAUAAACAAUGUUGCUCUUAAGCGUGAUAGUUAACCUCAUUGAAAAUAUCUUUUAAAUAAAUGCAAACAAUCAAAAACAA